AGUAAUAAGAAACAUUUUUUUGACUUCUCCCACAUCCAGACCACAGAACGCUUGCCAAGCGGCUGCGUUCGGACAACGGGGCCGCUCAGCCAAGCCCCUGGGUCUGGGACGGGGACGAGGACGGAGACGUUCCCCCACCGGGACGGGCGACACUGCAGCCGCGGGAGCCCCUGCGGUGCCGGGAUGGGCGGUGGGAGGGGAGCAGCCCCAUGAAGCUCCUUCAAGCCGGGGCGCACGGCACGGAGUGGAGCUGCCCCCGCCGAGCCUGGGACAGGAGAGCCUUGCUGGGGCCGGGCAGUGCCGCGGGCGCCCGCAGGACGCGGAUGCUGUAGGACGAUGCCGUGCGGAGCCCCCGGCCGGGCAGUGCUGGCGCUGAUGACCCUCUCCCUCGGCUUCGCAGCCGAUGAGCUGCUGUGCGCCUGCGACGUGCCGCACUGCAGCCUGCCCACCUGCACGGGCAAGGUGUGCUUCGUCAGCAAGAGGAAGGAGGAGGGGACCAUCACCCAGCACAGGGGCUGCUUCUCCCAGAACAUCCUGGAGAACUGCAACACGCCCGUGACAGAGCAGUACGGCAUGACAUGCUGCAACUUCAGCAUGUGCAACGCUGAGCUGGAGAUCUUCCUGCAAGGAGAAGAGGCCCUGGGAAAGGCACCUUCCCUGCCCAGCCUCCUCCUGAUGAUCUUCGUCCCGCUGCUCACCCUCCUCAUCCUCACGGUGCUCACGGCGCUCUUCUGCUGGAAGGUGGCCCAGCACCGCCACAAGAAAAGUGACUUUGGAGACACGGACCUCAUGCUGAAGGCAUCCAUGGUGGGAGACAGCACUUUGGAGGACUUGCUGAAUGACGACUGCACCACAGGCAGCGGCUCGGGGCUGCCCUUCCUCGUCCAGCGAACGGUGGCUCGGCAGAUCACCCUCGUGGAGUGCGUGGGCAAAGGACGCUACGGCGAAGUGUGGCGAGGCGUGUGGCAUGGGGAGAGCGUGGCCGUGAAGAUCUUCUCCUCCCGGGACGAGCAGUCGUGGUUCCGCGAGACCGAGAUCUACAACACCGUCCUCCUCCGGCAUGACAACAUCCUGGGCUUCAUCGCCUCCGACAUGACGUCAAGGAACUCCAGCACCCAGCUCUGGCUCAUCACCCACUACCACGAGAACGGCUCGCUCUACGACUACCUGCAGAGGACGGCCCUGGACGUGGAGACCUGCCUGGGGUUGGCCUCCUCCAUCAUCUGUGGCCUUGUCCACCUCCACGUAGAGAUCUUUGGCACCCAGGGCAAGCCCGCCAUCGCCCACCGCGACCUGAAGAGCAGGAACAUCUUGGUGAAAAGCAACCAUCAGUGCUGUAUCGCGGACCUGGGGCUGGCCGUCAUGCACUCCCAGGGCAGUGACUACUUGGACAUCGGCAACAACCCCCGGGUGGGCACCAAGCGCUACAUGGCCCCGGAGGUGCUCAGUGAGCAGAUCCGCACCAACUGCUUCGAGUCCUACAAGAAGACGGACAUCUGGGCGUACGGGCUGGUGCUCUGGGAGAUCACCCGGCGGACGGUGGUGAACGGCAUCGUGGAGGAGUACCGGCCGCCCUUCUUUGAUGCUGUCCCCAGCGACCCCAGCUUCGAGGACAUGAAGAAGGUGGUGUGCAUCGACCAGCAGACCCCUGUGAUCCCCAACCGCCUCUUCUCCGACCUGGUUUUGUCGGCGCUGGUGAAGAUCAUGAAGGAGUGCUGGUACCAGAGCCCCUCAGCCCGCCUCACCGCCCUGCGGAUUAAAAAGACGCUGAAGAAGCUGAACAAUUCCCUGGAAAAGCCCAAACCGGAGCAGUGAGCGCUGGGAAUGCGCCGGAGCCACUCACGGGCUGCACCGGGGACAGCAGCGAAGCCAAUGCCGGGAUGGCUCCCAGUCACGGAGGGGGUUUUGCUCGCAGCCCCCGCCUUUCCCACCCUUUCUUGGAGCCUUUUUAAUUUGCAAGAAGGGAAAAAAUAGGGGGAGGGGGGGGAAAGCAAGGGAGGAAUCUUCCAGCUCGGCUAUAAAAAUACCCCCCGGAUCUGUCAUCUGACGCCGGCCCGUCUCGCCUGCCUGGCGGGGAUGGCAGCAGGGCCGCCUGGGGCCCACCCAAGCCCCCCGGCCAGACGCCACGGCCGAUGGACGAGCAGGCACCGGAGCCGGCACCAUCCCCUGCCGCAGCCCCCGAGCCCGGCCGAGCACCCACCCAUCACCGGCGCCCGGCGCGGCACCCGGCAGCGGGUGCUGCCCAAACCUGCCUGCCCGGCGCGUCGGCAGCGGGGAUGCCGCAGGCUCGGCGGUGGCGGCGGCAGGAAUUCCCCGACGGGCCCGCAGUGCCCGGCGCGCCUCUCGCCGGAGGAGGUCUGGGUUUGGCUGGGAAAGGGGAUGGUCCGAGGGCAGCAUCCCCCGGGCUGGGCUGGAUCCGCACCCCGGCGCAUCUUGGGGCUGCUCAGGACGAGGAGCUGCCGGCACCGAGAAGGGUCUGAGCAUCCCCCGUGCCACAGGGACACACCGAGACGGUGGCCGUGGUGGCCUGAUCCUUCCCCAGAAGUCCCCCUUUCCAAGCCCUUUUGGGUUUUUCCAACAUUUUGGUGUUUUCCAGGCCAUUUUGGUGCACCCUGCGGCCAGCUCCAGCCCGCACCGCUCACCACCAUCCCGAAAACCACCCCACUUUCGGGGCUGGUCAGACAGGACCGGGAUGUUCAGCAGAACCAGCUUUGCGCCUUACUCCGUAAUUAUUUAAUUAUUAAGAUUUAAUAUAUUUAAUAAAGUGUAAAGCUAUUUUAUCGCUUA